CAUUGUUUCACUACCACCUCUCUCUUUGUUGCUCUUAGUACUCCAAAGCCAACAAAAAACCAGAAGCAAUAUACAAGUUAAUUGAGUGUAACAUGGAGACAGCGUACACUCACGUGAUGAGAAGUUUAUCAGAUUGUGGCUCAUCAGCAACAUGUGGAAGUGAAGAGCAAGCUGCAAUAAGGAAAGGUUCAUGGACAGAGGACGAGGAUUUUCUUCUUACCAACUUCGUCUCCAUCCAUGGCGAAGGUCAUUGGAACUCCGUCGCUCGCUGCUCAGGUCUAAAGCGAACAGGCAAAAGUUGCAGACUAAGAUGGUUGAACUACUUGCGUCCAAAUGUUAGACGUGGGAACAUCACCCUCCAAGAACAGCUCUUGAUUCUCGAACUCCAUUCGCGCUGGGGCAAUCGGUGGUCUAAAAUAGCAGAACAAUUGCCUGGGAGAACAGACAAUGAGAUAAAGAACUAUUGGAGGACCAGGGUUGUGAAGCUGGCUAGGCAACUCAAAUGUGAUGUUAACAGCAAACAGUUCAGGGACGCGUUGCGUUUCGUGUGGAUGCCGCGCCUCAUGGAAAGGAUCAAUGCCUCUACUGGUGGUUCUUCCAAUGAUCAAACCACCUUCUGCAGCAACACUCAAGCACACAGUGACUCUUGUGUGAUGGCUAACCCCCAAAUGUUGUUGGAGGUUUCAUCUUACUCAUCAGGGGUUGAAAAUGUCCAACCUCCUUCACUGUCAGAAUCAAGCGUGUCUUACAAUUUAAUGGGUGGUGCUGGUAGUAAUAAUUGGUCACCAGAUAGUGCAGAAAUGGGGCAAUUCAAUUACUCUGACAACAUGCAAGCAUUUGAACCAGGCAAUGGUUUUGGUGGUGUAGAUAAUUUGUGGACGGAUGAAAACAUUUGGUUCUUGCAGCAGCAGCUUGCUGAUGAUAUUUGAAUUUUGAUCCAGUCUUUUUCACACUUAGGCAUUUAUUAACAAGUUCUAAGAUAUGAUAUUAAGUAACACAUGAAUUAAUGGCAUUAUGUUAGUAACAAGCUAAAUUGGAUUGAUGACAUUGUUGAGUAACUGGUGAUGAUUGAUUGUUUGUAAUUUUUCCACUCUUACAUGAUGAUAAUACAU